AGGUUAUUUAGUUAAGGUAUUCAGGUUAAUUUUUGAGGUGUACAGGAAUACUGAUUUGUUUGGUCUGGUAUUCUGGUUAAUAGUUCAGGUAUUCAUGUUAAUUUAUGAGGUUUACAGGAAUACUCAUUUGUUUGGUCUGGUAUUCAGGUUAAUUUAAGAGGUGUUCAGCUUAAGUAGUCAUGUAUACUGAUCUGUUUGAUAGUUUUCAGGUGAGAGAUCAGAGGUAUUCAUAUUAGUUAGUCAAGUGUUCAGAUAAUUUUGCCAGGUGUACAGAUUAUGUUGAUUAGGUAUUUUAAUGUUAAACUACAUCUGAAUCGAAGUAUUUGAAUGAGCGAAGUAUUUGAAUGAGCUAUAUCUGAACGUUGUCAGGGCGAGGGGGGAGAUGAGUCUCCAAUAUCAGGGCUAAAUUUGUUAGCAGAAGAGGUUGAAAAGGGACACGGAGUGACAAUGUCUAUAAAGAUCCACAGGAGAACACUUGUAGGAUGCUUACCGUUUGGUCUCAUCCUGAAUCUUACGUCCUUCCGCCGGAGGAACAAGGUGGUAAAGCGUCACCGACAAAUUCUGAAGAUUACAAGACACCGCCAGAGGAUGAUCCGAUGACUGAAUGUCGCACACCAGACGUUGGGAAUUCGAAGCUGAGUCGAUAUCUGACUAGGUCAUUAAAAAAAGCAGAGCUAGAAGGGAAAUGUAUUCCAAUAAGCUCAACCAAAAAAGAUGACCUCCAGACGAAGCGUAUUCCGAGACGUUCAACAAAGAUUGGAGGAGUGUACACCCCAGACAAGAGAUUGAAGAAGCUUUUCCAAAGCUGCAAGAAACCCAAAUAUACGCCCUUAGCAGACUUGGAGAAAGCGCAGUUUCAAGAGUUUCAGUCAAUUCUCCGCGAGAAACCGGCACAGGAAUUCGAAAUUGUUAUUGGGAUCCAUGUCUCAAAUAAGUUCUUCCUGUCGUUGGCGCGGCCAACAAAUUGGGUCAGUACCGAGCACAUUUCUGUGCUAAUUAGUAUGCUAGUAAGGCGACAUGGACGCAAUUAUCUGAGUCGGAGGUGCAGAUUUGUAGACUACUUCAGUAUUGCGGGCAUCAUAUCAAAGUUCGCAGAGUUCGAGAAGGCCUCAGAUAAAUUGGGAUUCAACUGGGGAGGGCUUGUCAGUUUCAGUUUCACCGGAAAAACGCCGCGUCGGAAUGACAAGAAGGUGUUGUUGGUUGAUGUGGACAGGGUGUACGCCCCAAUGAUGUGGGGAAAAGAUCAUUGGGUUGGUCUUGUGAUCAACUUGACAUGCAGACAAGUGGAGAUUUUGGACUGCAACAUUCCCCUUAAUGAGUCCGAUAAUGAGGUGAACAAGCACAUGGCUUAUCUUCUACGCGCAUUGCCUCAUGUCUUAGCUGCGUUUUCGCCUCCUUCCGAUAGUAGUCAUCCUGAAGAAGACCAAGCAUUUUCAUGGGUGCGUCCAGACAAUAUUUACUUCAACGAAAGGUCUGGCGACUGUGGACCAUGCGCGGUCAAAUUUCUGGAAAUGCAUGCAGCGGGAUACUCCUAUGAGGAUAUGGGGCAGAUCGAUGACAAAAAGGUGGACAUAUUCCGUCAGAAAUACGCGAUGGAUACCUAUGAAGAAUUUAUUGGAAACGCAAAAGUUCAAAACGAUGGUUGAAGACGUGUAUACUGCCUGCUUCAUUUCGUUUGUUAAACCGAAUUGUUAACGGUUAUUGUAUCUUUUCAUUCAUCCAGACACUAUAAUUCAAACAGAUCAGUUUAUCUUUGAAGGUUUUAUAUCGUAUUUCUUAUAUAUUUAGGGUUUAGGGUUUAGGGUUUAGGGUUUAGGGUUUAGGGUUU